GACAAAGGAAACAAGCAAGGAAACAUGCCAUGCCAACUGUGGCCUCUUGCUGUGGUGUUGUAAUAAGUAGAACAGUACAAUAAAGGGUUGUAAGCUACUACAAUAUGCCAUCAUCAACAAAUGUCAGUUUGUACUCUCACAGCAUCUCCUGCAACUUUCAAAGGCCAACCAAACAAAUAUGAGCAUAUUUCUCACAUGGCCACAGACCAAAGUUUUUCACUUCCUGAGUGGAACUAUCUGUGGUAUUGUGAAAGAACGCCAGCAAGGCUUUAUCUUAACGCUAUGCACGUAUGUCGGCCAUAGAAGCUGUACCUUCUAAUUACUUUAGCUAUUAGAUAUUGCCUUUUCUUGUUUUUGUGACCUUAAAGCUGUUGUCGUAUUGAGAUAAGGACCAAACAGCAUAUGGCAAUCAAUACUGACUUUUCAAGAUAUUUGGGCAUCAACUGGACCUUGACUCUAAUAUGCUGCUUCUUCUAUAUUUUCUUGCAAGCAGAAACACACAGGAUCUCACGGACAGCUGGGAGCACAGUGACCCUGAACUGUAGCAAUGACUCAAUUAGCAACUUAACUCAACUGGCGUGGAAAAUGAAUGGGGAUAUUCUGUUCACUAUCAGGCCAGAUGAAACCUUUAACAGCAGCUCAAAGGACUCAAAGGUCAGAUGUGUAACGUCCUCUAAAGCUGAGAGCCUGAAGCUGAACGUGUCCAUGUUAAAGAACCAACUGUAUGCAUUAACCAUAACGAGAGCCCAGAGUUCGCACACGGGAAACUACACUUGUGAAUUCUCUGCAUUAAAGGGAGUCGAGGAACAGAAAUGGGAGCUCGUAAUUACAGAGGAUGCUGAAGCAAGAAAAGCAUUGAAUAUCCCGCUUGCCAUAGUUAUUGUACCUUGUACGUGUUUCCUGAUCUUUCUAAUUACUAUUGUGAUCAUUCUGAGAAAAGUCUGCAAACGACGUUUACGCUCUCGUUCUCCCAAUUCAAUAAUGGAACAGAAAGAAGAUAUUUAUGAAAACUGCCUGGAACUUGAAAAUCGCCAACGACGCAGCCAAAUUCAGGUUCAACCUUACAGAUACAGAUGAUAUGAACCACACAUAAUAAAAGAAGACUCAACUUUUUAUAUCAAAAGAUUUAAACAGCUUUCUUCUUAUAUGUAAUAUAAUAAAAACAAACAUAAAGUGUACUUAAAGCUGCAUUUUUCUUGGCUACAUGAACAUCUGUCAGUUUAUAAAUAAGUCAACAGUUUACACAUUUGUCAUUUCAAUACGGAGAGAUCGUUUGGAAGAACUGAUCGCGAAUAUUUACUGAGAUAGAGAAAUGGAUCAAUGUGUCUGCUGGUUGAACUCUGGUCCCAUCGGUGAUCGGAUUUAAGACAAGACCCCUAAACGCUGGUGGUGGUGAAGAUGAAUAUUAAGGCUUGGAUGGAGCUCUGAGUGACUCGGGUGGGUUGAAACUGUGAACGACAGACCAUUGAGAUUUAAACUCUCCAGAGUGGAGGCUGAUUGGCUCAAAUAAGGCGGGUAAGAAGACGAUUGAACUGCUAUAAUGAUGUCAGUAUUGAGUUUAACAGUGUGGGAAAGUGGUAGUAAUGUAAAGAGUAGACUAACACCCUGGGAAGGAGGAAAUGAGUGACUACAGAUCCUCCUUAUUGACACAAUGCUAAGCUUUAUGGUGUAAAAGAACUUAAAGUGAAUAAAAUUACCCAUACCUGCUGAAUGCACUCCUUGUGUACUUAAUGGUUACUCACUCAUUUGCAAACUCUGUGGUUUGUAAUAAUUUCAGGUUUACUUUUAUAUCUUCAAACCACAACCUAAGUAAAGACAAAAUACAGUUUUCAAAUGAUGUUUUAUUUAUUAAGGGGGGGGAAAGUAUCCAAGCCUACCUCAGCAAAUGAGAGAAUGUACAUUUUUCUCGCCAGAGAUUCUCUUUCUGGAUUUUCUGGUAGAAUUCAUGGUCCCAUCAAUUAAGGAAAGUUGUCUAGCUCCUAAAGCACCAAAAACAGACCAUCACACUACCACCACUAUAUCUGACUGUUGGUAUGAUGUUCUUUUGAUGAAAUGCUGUGUUACUUGGCAAAUGUGAGUACAGCCUUUGUGUUCCACCAGUGGUUUUCGUCUUAGAGCUCUCCCAUGGAUGCAAGUUGUGCCGAGUCUCUUUUGUAUUGUUGAACACUUGGGUUCUGGGUUCUUUUGUGACCACAUGCAUGAGCCAAUUUUUACUCUUGGAAUAAUAUAGGUGGUUUGACCACUACAGGGAAAUUUCACAAUGACCUAACUGUUUCCAACUUUCUAUUUUUGUACACAGUGACUCUCAUUGUGGUUUGCUGGAGUCCCAAGGCGUUAGAGAUAGUUUUGUAACACCUUCAAAAGUGAUAGUUGUCUGGAAAGGGUAGACUGUCAGUAAAUUCAACAUGUCGUCUGACACAAAUCAGGCCUGAACUUCUCUAUUGAAAUAUAACCCAGAUUUAUAAAAACUGCAUUUAACCACAUUUAAUUCAUGGUUUAACAAGGAUUCAAGGAUUCAGGAUUCAAAGUGUUUCAAGGCAUUUCUCUGUGCAAUGAAAUUCUUUCUUUGCUGUCCACCUACAGAUGCCGAUUAAUAUAUACAACAGAAAUAGAACAUAUAAAUACAAAUAGUACAAAUGAAUAAAUGAAGACAGAAAGGGAGACAAAAUAUGGAGAUUUGAAACAGAGAUGUGUGCAAAAGAGCUACAGCUUAGUAUGCUGGCUUAAUAUGUAAGAUGACCUGAUGUGCAAAAAAAUAUAUAUUAUUACUGUCAAAAAUAGGUCAGCUGUUCUGAGUCCCCACUGAGUCUGAUGGCAGUGGGGAAGAAGGAGUUGUUGAGUCGAGAUGUUCUGGAUUUCACACUUCUGAACCUCCACCCCGAGGUUCACGGAAGUGUGAACAGUCCGUGUUGGGAGUGUGUGGGGUCUUUGAGGAUGGAGGCAGCUCUCCUCUGGACUCUGCGAUGGUAGAUGCUCUGCAGAGAGGACAGCGGAGUCCUUGUGAUCUUCUCCACAUUUGUUAUCACUCUCUGCAGGCGUUUGCGGUCCAUAGCAGUAGUGCUGCCAUACCAUGCAGUGAUGCAGCUGGUCAGUGUGCUCUCCAAAAUGCAGCUGUAGAACCUGCUGAGGAUCUUGGCCGACAUACCAAAUUUCCUCAGCCUCCUCAGGAAAUACAGUCACUGCUGAGGCUUCUUGACCAGCUGUGUGGUGUUCAGUGACCAGGUGAGGUCCUCAGAGAUGUAGACACCCGGGUACCUAAAGCUGCUCACCCUCUCCACUUCAAGUGGCCGAGUGUUGCCAGCUAACAAGGGCAGCAAUUGCUAUUUCACACAAGGUCAGAUACGUUUGAAUAGCUUUUCUUGCUUAAUAACUUAACUUGUCGUUUAAUAACUGCAUUUUACAUUUACUUUGGUUAGCUUUAAUAUAACUUUUUUUAAAGAUCUGAAACAUGUAAUGGUGACAAAUAUGCAAAAAAAAAAAAAAAAAAAAAAAUCAUGACGGGGAUGACUUGCACGUGCCCUGACCUCAUUGUUUUAAACUUUUACCACUUUCACCACUUUUAAUAUUCACCAUUAGUUACGUGCUGCAAUAAGGAAAAGCAUAAAAAGUCCACAUUAAAUAUCUUACUACAUGAUAGAAGUUUACUAUGAAGUCAA